AUGGACCCAACAUCAAGAAUCACCCUCCGCCCCUUCAAGCUCACCGACGUCGACGACUUCCUCAAAUACGCCGGCGACAAAACAGCAACCCGAUACAUGAGAUGGAACCCCAUAACUUCCAGAGAAGAAGCGUUGACCCACCUGGAAACCGUCGCCAUCCCCCACCCAUGGCGCCGAUCCAUCGGCCUCCUCGACGACGACGAAGAUCGGUCCAUCGGCUACAUCUCCAUUUUCCCCGGCUCCGGCGACGACCGCAGCCGCGCAAACGUCGGGUACAUCCUGGCGGCAGAGUACUGGGGGCAGGGGAUCGUCACGGCGGCCCUCAGAAUCGCCGUGUCCACCGUCUUCGCCGACCUCCCGGAAGUAGUGAGGCUGCAGGCGCUGGUGGAGGUCGAGCACAGGGCGUCUCAGAGGGUGCUGGAAAAAGCAGGGUUCUUGAGAGAAGGGCUGCUCAGGAAAUAUGGUUACUGUAAAGGUGAGAUCAGGGAUCUUUUCAUCUACAGCUUACUGUCCACGGAUCAGCUGCGGAUCUAG